GCUUUUAGACAUCCUUCCUGUGUUAUGUUCUCCUGGAGGACUUUUAGACAUCCUUCCUGUGUUAUAUUCUCCUGGAGGACUUUUAGACAUCCUUCCUGUGUUAUAUUCUCCUGGAGGACUUUUAGACAUCCUUCCUGUGUUAUGUUCUCCUGGAGGACUUUUAGACAUCCUUCCUGUGUUAUGUUCUCCUGGAGGACUUUUAGACAUCCUUCCUGUGUUAUGUUCUCCUGGAGGACUUUUAGACAUCCUUCCUGUGUUAUGUUCUCCUGGAGGACUUUUAGACAUCCUUCCUGUGUUAUGUUCUCCUGGAGGACUUUUAGACAUCCUUCCUGUGUUAUGUUCUCCUGGAGGACUUUUAGACAUCCUUCCUGUGUUAUGUUCUCCUGGAGGACUUUUAGACAUCCUUCCUGUGUUAUGUUCUCCUGGAGGACUUUUAGACAUCCUUCCUGUGUUAUGUUCUCCUGGAGGACUUUUAGACAUCCUUCCUGUGUUAUGUUCUCCUGGAGGACUUUUAGACAUCCUUCCUGUGUUAUGUUCUCCUGGAGGACUUUUAGACAUCCUUCCUGUGUUAUGUUCUCCUGGAGGACUUUUAGACAUCCUUCCUGUGUUAUGUUCUCCUGGAGGGCUUUUAGACAUUCUUCCUGUGUUAUGUUCUCCUGGAGGGCUUUUAGACAUCCUUCCUGUGUUAUGUUCUCCUGGAGGACUUUUAGACAUCCUUCCUGUGUUAUGUUCUCCUGGAGGACUUUUAGACAUCCUUCCUGUGUUAUGUUCUCCUGGAGGACUUUUAGACAUCCUUCCUGUGUUAUGUUCUCCUGGAGGACUUUUAGACAUCCUUCCUGUGUUAUGUUCUCCUGGAGGACUUUUAGACAUCCUUCCUGUGUUAUGUUCUCCUGGAGGGCUUUUAGACAUCCUUCCUGUGUUAUGUUCUCCUGGAGGACUUUUAGACAUCCUUCCUGUGUUAUGUUCUCCUGGAGGACUUUUAGACAUCCUUCCUGUGUUAUGUUCUCCUGGAGGACUUUUAGACAUCCUUCCUGUGUUAUGUUCUCCUGGAGGACUUUUAGACAUCCUUCCUGUGUUAUGUUCUCCUGGAGGACUUUUAGACAUCCUUCCUGUGUUAUGUUCUCCUGGAGGGCUUUUAGACAUCCUUCCUGUGUUAUGUUCUCCUGGAGGGCUUUUAGACAUCCUUCCUGUGUUAUGUUCUCCUGGAGGACUUUUAGACAUCCUUCCUGUGUUAUGUUCUCCUGGAGGACUUUUAGACAUCCUUCCUGUGUUAUGUUCUCCUGGAGGACUUUUAGACAUUCUUCCUGUGUUAUGUUCUCCUGGAGGACUUUUAGACAUUCUUCCUGUGUUAUGUUCUCCUGGAGGACUUUUAGACAUCCUUCCUGUUAUGUUCUCCUGGAGGACUUUUAGACAUUCUUCCUGUGUUAUGUUCUCCUGGAGGGCUUUUAGACAUUCUUCCUGUGUUAUGUUCUCCUGGAGGACUUUUAGACAUUCUUCCUGUGUUAUGUUCUCCUGGAGGAGUUUUGUGUAUUUUCAAUCCAAAUUUUUUUCUUCUCAGAUUUGUACGGUUUGAAUAUAUCCCAGUUUAUUUCUUUGUUUGUUCAUUAUCUUAACACUGUGUUUUAUAAUGUUGUAUGAUCACUAGGAGGUGCCCUAAAGGCUUUUGCAAUAUUUUAAUGCACUUUAAAUAAAGUUUGAUUGUAU